UCCGUUCAGACGCACGCGCCUCGUGCCCGCCGCCGUACAGUGACACGUGCAGUGUUGGUGAUAUAAUAUAACACUAGUGACAGUUGCAUUUCCUGAUCUGAGACGCCGAAGGUUUUUCAUCGACGUGCGUCGGAUUAUUAUUUCAACAAGUCACAGAAUGAGCGCUUAAAGAAAGCGAAGCAUUCAGCAAGAGCGAGAGUAUCACAAGCAAGAGAAGAUGUUCGGUGGCAGUGGCGGUGGUGGCGCUUACGGGGGCGACUGCGCUGACGGGUACGGACUGGGCUACGUGGCGGGCGGCGGCCGGCUGCAGCAGUACGCACACUUCGCGCCGCACCAGACCUGGCACCACCACGCGGCGCAUCACGACACCUACGCAGGCGGAAGCGGUGUGGGAGCCGUCGGCGGCGUCGGCUCGGUGGCCGGCGGGCUGUACGGGCAGAACAUGGUGAUGGGCUCCUGGUGCGCGCCCUACGACGCGCUGCAAAGACCACCCGCAUACGAUGGCGUACUGGAGGCGUACGAGGAGGGCCGUGAGUGCGUGAACUGUGGUGCCAACAACACGCCGCUGUGGCGUCGGGACUCCACGGGCCACUACCUUUGCAACGCUUGCGGCCUGUACCACAAGAUCAACGGCGUCAACCGCCCGCUCGUGAAGCCGAGCAAGCGGCUGUCGGCAGCGAGACGUCACGGGCAAUGCUGCACGAACUGCGGCUCGCGGAACACGACGCUUUGGCGACGGAACAACGACGGAGAGCCGGUCUGCAACGCCUGCGGACUUUAUUACAAGCUGCACGGCAUUAAUAGACCCCUGGCGAUGCGAAAAGAUGGAAUACAAACGCGAAAACGGAAGCCGAAGAAGUCAUCGAACGGUGUGAAACCUCCACAGGAAACUCCUAAGAAAGAUGGUCAGAAUUCGCCGGGUAUCGACGAGAGUAAGCCCAGCAUAGCAGAAGUGCCGCUGCCACUUACAGCAACGAUGUCGGGCCACGCCUCCGCCGGGAAGUGCGCGCGCGAGGCUGUCGGGCCCGCCCCAUCUCCACACGCGCACGCGCACGCACACGCGCUUGCACAUGCCCACGGACAUGCACAGAACUCGCAGUACCCGUUAGGAAUCCCCUCCGCACCCGCCUUUCUGUCCAACCCCUCGGUCUUCAACAUCAAGAGCGAACCCAACGCCGCAACGAGCUAUGAAGGCUAUGGUUCCCACACUAGCUCGAAUGGACCUUAUCAUUCGCAACAGCAUUAUUUGCAUGCACUACAGUAUGGAUUAAGCAAUGGCGAAGAAGAGGAAGGCAGUGGAUUCUUACAUCAACGUAAUGUGACCGCGCACGCAAAACUAAUGGCCUCAACGUAGCAUAGCCACACCCGCAAAAUCCCAUCUUAUGAAGCACGAAGAUGAAUAGUAUUACCGAAUGCUGCGUCUAGCCAGCUGCGGCGAUUAGUGUUAUCGAACGGCAGAGCGAAAACUUUGGAUCCCUGUUCAAUAACAAAUUAAAGAAUACAAAACAAUGAGCAGGACAUCGCAUUGUUACAUUUUCCACGAAGUUACUUUUAAGUUUCAAAAAUAUGAAACUGUUUACUUUGCGAAUUUAUGGAACAGCCGAUGGAAAAACGUUUAUUUGUAUUAGAUAUUUAGCGACGUCAGCACGAUUAGACUUGAUGGUAACGACUAGUCAUUGUUUGUCUAGUUUUACUGCAAUGUCAAAUUUAUUUUAUUUGUAUAAACAAAUUACACGUUAGGAACAGUUCGAUGAUAAGAGAUACGUAGAUAUUAUUGUACUUAGUGUGUAAAUAUGUUUACGUUAAGGUUUUCGACUGAAUAGUAGUCAUUGCCGUGUACUAUAUCGUGACUGCGUAGUGUAAAGAAUGAUUUCAAAGUUUGUUACUGAUGGUAUUUGUACAGACUGGUAUUAAGAUACACUGUGUAAACCUUGCCAUUUCAACAUAUAAAAUAGAAUAUAUGUUAAAUUAUAAUUUAAACGCUAAAUUACUAGAACUAAAAAGUUCCUUUGCCUCAUUAUCUUUAUGACAGUGCAAACUAGUCUCACUUGACUAUUAAAAUAAUAACAUCUUAGUGUUAAGAAUAGUUUUAUGUACAAUAAGAUUUAGCCAACAGUAAAUAU